AAACCCAUAAAAGGGUUAGACAAAAGCCUUAGAUCUAAGUAAUAUUCUUGGUCACAAUGAAGAGCACAACCAAGGAAGAAAGGAUUAAGGACGACUCCAAGCGUCGCGACCUGUUCGUAUUUGUGAGGCAAACCAUGUGUAUAGCGGCCAUGUAUCCCUUCGGUUACUAUGUGAAGGGAUCUGGAGUCCUGGCCGACCUGGUGCGAGUCUGUGACUUGGCCUACGAAUUCUUUAACUACUUCGUAUCGGUGCACAUAGCGGGUCUGUACAUCUGCACCAUCUACAUAAACUAUGGGCAAGGCGACCUGGACUUCUUCGUGAACUGCUUGAUACAAACCAUUAUUUAUCUGUGGACCAUAGCGAUGAAGCUCUACUUUCGGAGGUUCAGAACUGGCUUGCUGAAUGCCAUUCUGUCCAAAAUCAAUGAUGAGUACGAGCCACGUUCGGCUGUGGGAUUCAGCUUCGUCACAAUGGCGGGAUCCUAUCGGAUGUCCAAGCUAUUGAUCAAAACAUAUGUGUACUGCUGCUACGUAGGCACCAUUUUCUGGCUGGCUCUUCCCAUUGCCUACCGGGAUGGGAGUCUUCCUCUCGCCUGCUGGUAUCCCUUCGACUAUACGCAACCCGGUGUCUAUGAGGUAGUGUUCCUCCUCCAGGCAAUGGGACAGAUCCAAGUGGCCGCAUCCUUCGCCUCCUCCAGUGGCCUGCAUAUGGUGCUUUGUGUGCUGAUAUCAGGGCAGUACGAUGUCCUCUUUUGCAGUCUCAAGAAUGUAUUGGCCAGCAGCUAUGUCCUUAUGGGAGCCAAUAUGGCGGAAAUUAAUCAAUUGCAGGCUGAGCAAUCUGCGGCCGAUGCCGAGCCAGGUCAAUAUGCCUACUCCGUGGAGGAGGAGACUCCUUUGCAAGAACUUCUGAAAGUUGGGAGCUCAAUGGACUUCUCCUCCGCAUUCAGGCUGUCUUUUGUGCGGUGCAUUCAGCACCACCGCUACAUAGUGGCGGCACUGAAGAAAAUUGAGCGUUUCUACAGUCCCAUAUGGUUUGUGAAGAUUGGCGAAGUCACCUUCCUCAUGUGCCUGGUGGCCUUCGUCUCCACGAAGAGCACCACGGCUAACUCUUUCAUGCGAAUGGUCUCCUUGGGCCAGUACCUGCUCCUGGUUCUUUACGAGCUCUUCAUCAUCUGCUACUUCGCGGACAUCGUUUUCCAGAACAGCCAACGGUGUGGUGAAGCCCUUUGGCGAAGUCCUUGGCAGCGACAUUUGAAGGAGGUUCGCAGCGAUUACAUGUUCUUCAUGCUGAAUUCCCGCAGGCAGUUCCAGCUUACGGCCGGAAAAAUAAGCAAUCUAAACGUGGAUCGUUUCAGAGGGACUAUUACUACUGCCUUCUCGUUUCUCACCUUGCUGCAAAAGAUGGAUUCACGAGAAUAAAAAUAGACUACGGGUUUUCAUAAGAUUAGUGAA